UCUCUCUCUCUCUCUGCAGUUCGUACCUGUUAGUUCUGCUUCAAUAGCAAUGGCAAUGUCAGUACAGUUGAGGCCACAGAACAGAGAUCUUGGGAUGGUUAUGAGAGAAGUUGAUGAAGAUCUUGCUAUUUUCUUGGGGAUGCGUACUAAUGCCGAUAAUCAAAUGAUUGACCAUUUUCUUGUUGAUGCUUCUCUUGAUUUUCAUGUCUCUAAAGGUUCGGAGAAUGAAUCUCAAGCAGAGGCUCUUCCAUCUAUGGCUGAUGAGAAUCUCCUCAAUUUGGACAUUGAAACCAGUGAUUAUAGUUGGCUUCUCCCUCAACCCAAUUCCUCUUCACUUCCUUCAGUAGAAACCGACGAACAAGAUUCUGCAUCGAGCCAGAUUAAAAUUUCAGAAAGUGCUGCCAUUUCUUCUAAAUCUGAGCUGGAAAACACACGCGAUGAAGAAUCUUCUGCUUCCUUGAACGACACUUCUUCCACCUCAGCAAUCAAAAAGCCAUUAUCAUCCAAGGAUAAAAAACCAUCCUUGCCAGCAAAAUCGAAGCCCGCCCCUCGUACUUCAACACCUACUUCAAGACCUACAUUAUCUUCUUCCACAACAAGACCUAUAUCUCGUUCCUCUACUCCUUCUUCCAGACCCUCUAUACCAAUCAUUUCAAAGUCCGGGCCGCGAUCCUCUACACCUACGGCCCGCAAACCUACCUGUGCUCCUGCACUAGACCGAUCUUCUUCCGGGAAAAAAAUGGGCCCCACAAUAACGAAAAGUUCCGUGCAGUCUCGUGGAACUUCUCCAACGGUGAAGAGUAGGCCAUCAAAGCCCUCGGAGAAUAUCCUCUCUUCAUCUCAAAAUCCAAAAGUCUCAUCUGUGCCUAAAAGGCCCGUUUCUGCUUCUAGAAGCACUCGCUCCUCUUCUUCUUCAAAUGAGAAACCGAAACCGAGACAGAAAUCGUGUUCACCUCCCAAAGUGAGAGCUUCUGUAAUAAGGAGUGGCUAUAAAACGGGGAGCAAGAUUCUAUCAAGAAGCAGUAAUGGUGUAGAUGAUGACGUAAAUCCUGUAUUGAUGGGCACAAAAAUGGUGGACAGAGUGGUCAAUAUGAGAAAACUAGCUCCACCUAAACAAGAUGAAUACGCUGUUUCUAGUGAUAAUACGAGGAAAUCUUCUCACGAGAAUUCGGGUUUUGGGAGAUCUCUCUCGAAGAAGUCGCUAGACAUGGCUAUUAGGCAUAUGGAUAUUAGAAGAAGCAUUCCUGAGAAAUUACGGCCAAUAGCAACUCGUUCUGGUUGUGCUAAGAGCAGUACUACUACUACUGUAGGUGAUCUUUCAGAAUCUCCACUUUCGUCGAACUGUGACAGUUCAAAGUCCAGCAUGUGAAUUAAUGGGUGACUGAAUCUCAAUCAUCGAACGUUGAAUUUGAGUAUUGCAUUUGGACAUGUUAUUUUAGUGAUGAUCCUUUGCAGUAUAAUUAGUGUUACUACAGUACUAGUGUGUGUGUGUGUGUGUGUGUGUGUGUGUGUGUGUGUGUUUAUUGUUAAAUUGUGUGUAAUAACAAUUCAAGGGCUCCCUCUUUAUUUGUUACUACUAUUAGUCUAUAAUAUUAUCGAAUUUGCAGAUUA